GCUUUGCAUGCAGCCAGCGGAUGGGUCGAGGGUAAAAUCAAUGCUCUUGCCCACACAGGAAGAAGCAGUGACGACUGGAACGAACCACUCGACACGAAUAGGACAACGGGGGGAAGGAGGGGGAGGGGGGAGAGAGGAAAAAGAAAAGAGGAUGAGAGAUAUGUACGUGCACUCAACUCUACCGUAUGGCAAGGUGCCGGAAUAAUCACAUUUGGAUGUUUGCUUGAAGGAUUGUGUGGUGUUCUGCGAGGGGGCGAAUGGGAGACCCUUGUACACCUUUUUGGUGUAUCAAAGAAGCAGUGAAUGGGAGGGGCACCUUUUGCCGUGAUUCGUGACGCUGUCACACUGCCGUUGAGAAAUCGGGGUCAGCCUGUCUCGAGCGGCGGUCCAACCCACACCCGACAUAACGUGUGAUCCGUGGGCUGCCCCACUAUUGUAUUAUACUUGGUCUCUAACUUUUUCUACACUACCGGUAUCGUUGUGAUAUGUAAUAACUUUAGAGCCUAGAAACAAACGUCGGGAAGCCCGUCACGUGCUUUGCAGCCGAUCCAAUAUUUGCCCUCUUUCCUUCUACCCUAUCAUACCGGUAUCGGACCGGUGGUUAAUUUAUGUCACAUUAAGGUGAUAAUUUGAAUCAUUCUCGAGUCAUUGGUGCAAUGCCAAGACAUACGACAUGGGUUGGGCCGCAACGCGUUUCCUGGCUCUAGCUUCACCGGAGCUCAACCUCGGUUCCGGAGCAACCUCUACAACGCACCACUGCGUGCAUCAAACUAUCAGUUAAAGCAAACAACCCUCUUGCAUUGUUUCCCCCAGUGCAUUUUCCUCAACCCCAAUGUGAGUAUCGGCCCCGCCAGGGAACCGUUCCGGACUUAUUGCUUGGCUAACUUUCUGUUGCCUGUGUAGGUGUAAGUGCUAAAUUUUUCCGGCUCGUCCGCCUUUGUGUAUUGGGGGAUAUCGGAAUGCUCAGAGCUGAUCUUGGCCCUCCCUAGCGCGUAUUGACAAGCUCGCCAUCCUUGGGUACGAGUCCCUCGACCCUAUGCGGGUAAUUUGUUGCUGGGCUGGAGCUGAAAAUCUGCGUUUAGCGUCCGCUCAUUCGACAAUACUCGCAGCGAGACCAUACAAUUCCAUGCGCCGCUCACCCUGAUUGUUGGAUACAAUGGCUCGGGGAAAACUGUACGCCACCAACAAGCCUUCGGGGGAGGAAGAUGAGCAAUUAUGUUGGGAAAGGGCUCUUUGCUGACGAAGGUUGUGGACUGCAGACCAUCAUCGAAUGCCUCAAAUAUGCGACCACUGGGGACUUGCCACCUAAUAGCAAGGGGGGAGCAUUUAUUCAUGAUCCGAAGGUUCUCCGCUACAUCUCAACUAUCCCAUGUCUUUCAGUGCUGAUGGGUUUUAUUUCGAAAGAUGUGUGGCGAGAAAGAGGUUCUCGCUCAGGUAAAACUUUCAUUCAAGUCUACAAGUGAUGCGAAGAUGGUUUGCACCCGUUCUCUGCAACUCACGGUUAAGAAGACGACCCGGCAGCAAAAGACUUUGGAAGGUCAGCUACUAGUAGUUCGGAACGGCGAGAGAUCCACCAUAAGCUCGAGGUGCGCCGAAUUAGAUCAGGUUAUGCCACAAUAUCUUGGGGUGUCAAAAGCGGUAUUAGAAUAUGUUAUCUUCUGCCACCAAGAUGAGAGUCUUUGGCCUUUAAGUGAACCAGCUGUCCUGAAGAAAAGAUUUGAUGAGAUAUUUGAGGCGCUAAAGUACACCAAGGCUAUCGACAAUAUUAAGAUUUUGAGGAAGAAGCAGAAUGAGGAGUUGGGCAAUCUCAAAAUUUUGCUAGAGCAAUAUCGAACCGACAAGGAUCGAGGUGAACGGGUAACUAGAACGAAAUCUUUCCAUGAGCUUGCUUCGCACCCUCAGGUAGCUUGCCAACUUGAAUUUCCCGGCUGAGAAUUGUUUAGGCCAAACGCCGAUCUGACGAACUUCAUGACGAGAUUGAAGCGAUGAGAGUUGAAGUGACGGAGUUGAGUCGUCAGAUAUCAGAAAUUGUGGCUCAGCAGACACAAUUGUUCGCCACUGCCAAAGGGUUUGAGGAAACUAUUGCUACCCUGAAUGCAAAGAAACAGGAGGCCCGCACCAUGGAGACCUACAUUGAUGAAAUUUCGCAACAUCUCACUCACUUUGAGGAGUCGGAUACCGAACUUGAGAGGAUGCAGCAUGAGUAUGGGAAUCGAAUGAAUACCUAUAAGGAGCAUAUUGAAGCUAAGAAAGCCGAGCAUGCCGAAGUGGGCCGUGAUCUCGACCGAGUUAGGAGACGCCUUGGGGAAAAGCUCACGGAGGAGGGUCGUAUUCAGGCGGAACAAACUGUUAGGGCUUGCGUUGGUGAUAUUUUGUUAUCCACUUGAGCUAAUUCGUUCUAGGCCUUUGAAGCGCAACUUGUUGAGCGUGAGAGGUUGAUCAGGGAAAUCAGUCGGCGACAUGGUAUCAGAGGGUUUGACAGCCAACUCGACGAUUCUCAGAUUAGAGAAUUCAUAGACAAAGUUUCUAAGAUGUCCCGUGAUCAGAGCUUGACACUGGAGCGUAUCAAGGUACACUAUGCCCUUGGGGUAGUUUCGCUUUGCAGCCUUCGGCCUCUACGAUCGCCUUUGGAGAUAUUGUUCGAUUGCUGACUGAUGUAGCGCGAAAAUGCUGAGGAGUUAAGAGGGGCGCAAGAGGAGCUGGAUGAAAUCAUCGGCGGGCGCAGGUCUCUGACUGGGCUUAAAGAUCACCACCAGUCUUCCAGGAAAUCAGUGGAUGACACGUUAAUAGCUCUACAGCAAGAAUUGGACAGUAUGGAUGUGAAUGAGGGCCAGGAAGCUAUUUUGAGGUCUCAGCUACAGGAUAAAGAACACCAACACGCAUCUGCGGAGCAGUCUUUCAGGAAUUCUAGCUUCGAUGAGGGUAUUAGGGCCGAAAACUCAAAGCUCAAGAGUAUCGAGGAAAAAUUGGAGAGUGUCACCACCGAACUUGCAAGGGGGACCAAGCAGGCGGGUGAACGAGCGAGAUUGGGAUUCUUGAAGAAGGAGCUAGAAACGCGAAGGAUGGCAUUGGAGACCAUGUAAACCAUCUAGCAGCCUUUUUUCUUUCUUUCCGUCGUUGGCAAUCGAAUUACGUGAAUGCGCUGACGUAUCAUCACAGGUCUGUGGCAAACAAGGAUAAAAUUGACCGAGUAAUUGACCGGCCUUGGACGGCUGGUACCGUGGAAAACCAACUCCAACGGGUCUUGGGGUAUUUUUUUUUCCCCUCAGCUUAUUUUGAGUAGACUAUGUUUCUAAUAGCAAUAGUAACCGGGAAGACGAACUUUUAGAAACAACAAGUCUUCGUGAUGGUGUUAAUCAGGAGUUAGGGCAUAUUGAGACUAGAAUUAACAUCGUCAAGGACGGAAUUAAAACGAAGAAACUCGAGGCUUCGAGUAAGUAUGUCAACAAAUGUUUUAUUUUUUCCCCUCUGCUAAAUGUUCUUAGAAUGUGAGAGGGAGGUCCGGGCAGCAUAUGAUGCGGAGGAUCAAGAGGACAUUCGUCAAUAUCCCGGAGUUGCCGAAGAAGUGGAGAAGAACUUGACUGAGGCACGAACGUUAGUGAUCUUGACUACGAUGAUUUGCAGUUUUUCUUUUAUCUUUUGGCUAACCAUUUCACUAGGCGUUUGGAGCAAGUUGGCUUCUACAAGCAAUACUUUGAGACCGCAGUAAAAACGCUGCAGGAGCAUGGCUCGUGUGUUCUGUGUAGAAGAAGCUUCGAGAACGCCCUUGAGAGAAAUAAUUUCCAAGAAUUAGUAAAUCAUGAAUGGACUAGCGAUAAUAUUUAGAAUGAAGCUGAUCGAGGUGACUUCUAGGUUACCACACGUUUGCAAUCGGUGAUGACGGCAAAUACUGAGGAUAUAAUUCGUGACUUGGAAGAGGACCUGAAACACAUAAAGGAUGCUGCGCCGAGCUUUGACUCUUGGAAGCGCCUGACAGAGAUUGAACUCCCAAAGCUCGAGGCAGAUCUUCAGAAGUUGAAUCAGACAAAGGAGCUUCUUUUGGACGAAUACAAUCAGGUAAGCAACUGCAGCUCCAUAUAAUGAUCCAAUAAUUCCUGUGGCUAAUUUAUUACUAGCGUGAGAAAAAAGUCGCCGAGAAAGCGCACAAGAAAUUCGAAGUAGAAUCACUGAGAGCUCCAGUGGCCGAGAUCGUCAAGUACACGAGGGAAAUUUCCAGCUAUGAAAAACAAGUUGAGGAUGCCUCUCGUCUCCUGCAAGAGCUAGGGGGUUCACGCACAAUUGAGGAAAUGCAAAAUGAGAUGCAGUGCUUGAAUGAUGACGCUAAAGUUAUCAAGAGAAGAAUCAAUGUGCUUAUUGCAGAGAAGGAGACUGCUCGCCAUUCGAUUACCCUUCUUGACGGCCAAGUAAGGGAUCUUCGAAUGAAAUUUGGUGAAUUGAAUUUCAAGAUUAGCAAGGCUCGGGAUCUCAUCAAGCGGAUUGAAUCUCAUAAGCAGGAGGUCAUCAUGCACACCACUACCAUUGAGGAGAUAGAUCAGCAGAUCAAGGAUCUUGCCCCCAAGAUACAGCGGGCAGAGGUCAAAGCCCAGGCAUUGCGGAAAGAUGGGGCUGAGAGGGAGAAUCGACACCAACGGGAUGCGAUGAAGCUCGCCGAGAGUGACAUGCAGUUGAAGAGGACUGAGCAUGGUAUUGGCAAUUAUCUUAACCGUGGAGGACCAGAGCAGUUAAAUCGGUGCCGCCAGCAAGUACAGACAUUGCAAGUUGAGGUCAAAAGAUAUGAGGGCACGGUCGCGAGCAUCCGGGAUGAAGUGAAUAAUCUUGAACUUGAAGCUGGGACUGCAACAUCGACAGAGCGGAGUAUCCACGAGAACCUCCGAUUCCGGAAGAACAAGAGGGAUUUGGAGAAGCUGAAUGUGGAAAUCCGGGAGUUGGAGGGUAAAAAUGCCGAGGCCGAACGGCAGCGUUUCCAGAAGAAUGCCGAGCUGCUUUCUGAUAAGCAUAUGAGGCUGUCUUCUGAGAAAUCAGCAAAGGCGGGAGAAAUGAGAUCCAAAGACAAGCAGCUCGAACAGCUCAUUGCCGACUACGAAACCGAUUAUGCAGAUGCGAAGCAGAAGUAUAAGGAAACGCUGGCCAAGGUCCAAACCACGACGGGUGCUACUAACGAUCUUGCGAAAUACGGCGCGGCGUUAGAUAAGUAUGUUUUAGCCACAGGUUCUUGAGUGAAUUUACUAAUUCCUAUCAGGGCUGUCAUGAAGUAUCAUAGUUUGAAAAUGGAAGAGAUCAAUCGCAUUAUCGAGGAACUAUGGAAAUCCACCUACCGGGGGACAGACGUAGAUACGAUCCUUAUACGGUCUGAUAAUGAGAAUGCUAAGGGCAACCGCUCUUACAACUAUAGGGUAUUCUACACCUUCUAUUCCUAGGAAGAUGGCUAACUAAUGGCGUAGGUCUGUAUGGUAAAGCAAGACGCUGAAAUGGACAUGAGGGGACGUUGCAGCGCCGGUCAAAAGGUUUUGGCAAGUAUUAUUAUCCGCCUAGCACUAGCCGAGUGCUUUGGUAUAAACUGCGGUGUAAGUCUUUUCCCGCUCUCCUCUUCCUCCUGAGUAUAAUUGCGGAUCCGCUAACCCCCCCUAGCUCAUCGCUCUCGAUGAGCCAACCACAAACCUUGACAGUGACAACAUCAGAUCACUGGCCAAGAGUCUUCAUGAGAUAAUCCAGACUCGUCAAGCACAGUCUAACUUUCAAUUGAUUGUGACUCCCCCCUCCUCCUUGUGGAAUAUGGGUUUGUUAGGUCGGGCUGACGGUAUCUGGGGAGUAAAAGGUCAUCACCCAUGACGAAGACUUUUUGAAAGAAAUGCAGUGCCAGGAUUACUGCGAUCAUUAUUACCGGGUUUCUAGGAAUGAUAGACAGAAGUCUAUCAUUGAGAGACAGUCUAUUGCAGAGGUUAUCUGAUCACGAUUUGUGCUACUUCUGUCUUGGGGGCUUUGUGAUGGUAAUGGUAUUAUGAGGUUGUUUGGAGCGUGGUUGGGGGUUUGGAUUGUGGCUGUUGAGUGUGGCAUGCGUGUGGGGGGUUAGUUGCGCGCCUUUAAGCAAUUGCCGCGCAGCGUAUUAUGGCAGAGAGCGGGCAGCAAAAAUACCACGGGUGGUGAGUCGGAAGUUGGAAUUACUUAGGGGGACCAGUGUUUUGUUACUUUGAGUGAAGCUUGUGAAACGCUGUUGGUAACAUCGGGGUCGAUCGCGGGCUUGUGAAUAACCCUCGGCGUAGUUAAACAUAGUGGUGGACACACGUUCAUCCCUCACGAUGGCCUGGAAAGUAGGGUGGAAUGAUAUGGUAGUCAAUACCUCACGGACCAGAUUGAUUCUGUUACAUAAUAUCUGAACUCUACGAUAUUCUAGAAAUA